CAAAAUGUGCAAUCUGCACUCUGACCUGCGAUGGGCAGCAAUAUACAACACAGCAUUCAGUCCGCCGGGGAAAUUCACACGAAGAAGAAGUUGGUUGUCAGAGUAAAUAACCGUCAACUGGUCGCUGGCUGGAGAUUUCACGUUUAUCCUUGAAGGAAAAUCUCUUUCCUCCGGUUAGGGGUGUUUUAAAACUAGCGGUAUGUUCGGGAAGAAGAAGAGGGCUCCUUUGCCAAAGGGCCAGGGCGCAGCUGCAGCCAAACAGAUGGGUUUGUUUGUGGACUUCAACCCAGAGGAUAUGACGCAGGACAUGGAUGAUCCGACUGUGGAUGAUGCUGAUCUAGAAGCAGAGUUAUCGGCUCUCACUGGGGGCAAGACUGCUGGAGGGAGACUAAAGCAGAAAGCCCCCUUACCUAUGGAGAAUAUAGCCAGAAUGGCAGAGGAGUGUAUGAAGGAUAUAUACGAUGAUGAUGAUGAUGAUGAUGACCUGGAAGAUGAUGAAGAUUUACUGGCUGAGCUGCAGGAAGUGGUGGGUGACGAGGAAACGGAGGAUCAUGUGACACCCACCUCCACAGAAGAGCCUCCGCAAUCACCACCCCAGUUAGCUCCUCCUGCGGUACCUGGCAGUCUGCAGCACACCUUGGAGGAGAGACUGAGUAUGUACCGGACAGCUGUCGCCCACGCCAAGGCCUCAGGGGAAUCGUCUAAAGCACGGAGAUACGACAGAGGGAUCCAGAGCCUGGAGUCCAUGCUGGUCUCAUUGAAGAAGGGGAGGAAGGUGGAUGAGGCUGACAUCCCCCCACCUGUAGCUGGAGGAGCCCCAACCUCCACCGCCCCCCCACGACGUACUCCUCCCCCUCCACCCUCUGGUCUUGAACCUGAACCGACACCUCCACAACAGCAGGGGGAGCCAGAGGCUGCUGCUCCUGCUGAAAUGUUAUCUGUGUCACCUGAGGCCGUAUCACCCAGCAGUGAGGAGGAGCUGUCUAUCUCCACCCUGGCCACUGUCAGCAGCCAUCCUAGCACUGAGGGAGAGGAAGAGACUGGACACGCCAGCACAGUAGGCGAGGCCACGAAGGCGAUGCUGUUAGGCAGACAGAGAGAGUAUAAAGUGGCGGCUCUGAAAGCCAAGCAGCAAGGAGACAUGGAACAAGUCAAACUCUACUUCAGGACCAGCAAGAGGUUUGACGCAGUGAUCGAAGCGUUGGAGAAGGGGCAGGAGGUGGACCUGAGUUGCCUGCCACCCUCACUAUCCUCGGGGGUCAUCUCGGCCUUAUCUGGCCCAGAAAAAGAACCCGGUCCUGGACAGACCUCAAGCCCCAAUCCCCCUGCCUCCACACCUCCAGCCCCCUCUGCUGUCCCGGCCCAGCCUAAAGACGUCCUGGAGGCCCUGGAGCAGCGGAGAGACCGGUAUCAGGAGGCCUGCGCCCAGGCCAAAGCCAGCGGAGACGACCGCAAGGCCCGCAUGCACGAGCGCAUCGCCAAGCAAUACCAGAGUGCCAUCCGCACCCACAAAGCAGGACGAGCUGUCAACUAUGCUGAGCUGCCUGUCCCCCCAGGGUUUCAUCCAAUCCCUGGCCAGGAGGGGGGGGUGGGAGCUGAGCAGGGUUUCUCUGCCAUGCUGGAGGCAGCCAAUAAGCUGGCAUCUGAGGAAACCAUAGUGACAGGAGAGGAGGAAGGAGAGAAUGAGGAGAGCAAGCCUCCUGUUCCUGAGAAGUUAAAGAAGCCCAUGUUGGCUGUUCCGCCCACGACCCAGAGGCCUAAGAGGAGCACCUCUCCUUCUGCAGACAGGACCCACCAGAGAGAGAGCCUGUCUGCUACAGCGCUACAGCAGUUGGACUUUGUGGAGGGACGCAGGCAGCAGUACAUGAAGGCAGCGUUGCAGGCCAAACAGAAGAACGACAUGGACGCAGCCAGAACCCUGCUCCGUACCGCCAAGGGUCUGGAGCCGCUCAUCGACGCCGUCAAGGCAGGCAAACACGUCGACAUCAGCAAGGUGCCAUCGCCCCCUGGUGACGAGGAUGAGGACUUCAUCCUGGUUCAUCACAGUGAAGUCCAGAUCUCAGAGAAGGCAGAUGAGGUCUACACUCAACUGGCCAAGAUGCUCAAGGAACAGUACGAGAAGUGCAUGACUUAUUCCAAGCAGUUCACUCAUCUGGGUAACAUCGCUGAGACCACCAAGUUUGAGAAGAUGGCAGAGAGUUGUAAGAAGAGUCUGGAGAUGUUGAAGCUGUCUCAGUCGAAGAGACUGGACCCUCCUAAACAUCACUUUGAGGAGAGGACAUACCACACCGUCAGGAUCUUCCCAGAUCUCAGUAGUACAGAGAUGGUGGUGGUGGUCGUCAGAGGGAUGAAUCUGCCUGCUCCUUCAGGUAUAGCUACCAAUGAUCUGGAUGCCUAUGUCAAGUUUGACUUCCCCUAUCCCAGUACGGAACAACCCCAGAAACACAGGACGGCCGUGGUCAAGAACACCAACUCCCCAGAGUUCAACCAGGGCUUCACUCUGAACAUCAACCGGAACCACAGAGGCUUCAGGAGAGUGGUCCAAUCGAAAGGACUCAAACUGGAACUGCUGCACAAAGGGGGUUUCCUGCGGAGCGACAAGCCUAUCGGGACGGCCCACAUCAAACUGGAGAAACUGGAGACCGAGAGUGAAGUACGAGAGAUAGUGGAGGUGAUCGAUGGCCGUAAGCCUACCGGAGGACGUGUGGAGGUCAGGGUUCGCCUGAGGGAGCCUCUGAGUGGACAGGACCUUCAGACAACCACAGAACGCUGGUUAGUUCUGGACCAGUCACAGGUUCUUCUCUAACUGCUGCUCAGCUGGGGACAACUAGGAACACUUUAAAAAGAUGAUAAACGCUCCCGUUGUCCUCUGAUGAAGAUUAUGACGGGAUGAAGAGGAGGAUGUUGUCGUGGCUGGCCUGUUUAGUCUUCCAGGGUUCUGGCAGUCCGACACAGUCAACACGGGUCUUUAGCUUGUAAACAUUUUGCACACAGAGUGAUGGAGCUUCUCUUCACUCUGGGGGGGGGGGCGGGGGAAAUGGGCUCCAUGUUUAGCUAACCUUAAGAUAACAUUGGCUGGGAUUCAAUCAAAAGGAGACUUUUACAGGUCAUUAUUUUCCCCCCUGAGCUGAUUUCUGAGUUCUAUACCCUGCUGAUUUUGAAAGACAGCGACGUAGUUAGUCUAAUAUAUUAUUCACCUAUGCACUUACUCUACCAAAGUAAUCACUGUUGCUGUACGAUGCUGCAUAUUUCAAUUGCCUUGAAUAUCUGCCCUACUGUUAAUGAUCACAAUAAUAAUAAUAAUAAGUAAUUCUUUGCUACAAUGUUGGUUGUUGUUCCCAGGACUGUUUCUAUUCACUGCAGCAGCUGUAGGCCAGGAUUCAAUCCUGAUUUAGAUCCCCUGUUUUUAUAGCAGCUUGAUAUUGUUUUGAAAGGUAAUGCGAUCUCCACAUACGCGGUAACAUUGCCUUUUUAAAAUGUUUAUUUAAAGCUGCAUUGUCGACUAGAGCGUAGGGGGGUUGAAUCCCAGCUCUAAUACCAGAACAGGAUAAUGUUCACGCUUACACCACAGGUGGACAUGACUGAAUUUACAGAUGUCUAGGCUACUACUGCUACUGGAUGUUCAAAGGCAAAUUGGUCAACUGACAUAAGCAUGUCAUAGGUACUCUUAAGGUGUCAUAAGGCUACAUAGCUCUUGUGACAGUGUCACUUUUGAGGUGGAUAGUAUAGAUCUGAUCUUGACCCUCUGUUCCCUAUGGGGCCCUGGUCAAAACUAGUGCACUAAAUCGGGAUUAUGGUGGUCGUUUUGUGUUUUAAAUUGAAGAGACUCAUAAGUUUACACUUUAUAGCUGUGAUCCUCCGUACACACGUCUGUGAGUUCGGUUCAGCUGAGCUUUUAGCCAAGAAAUUUUUUUUUUGUCUGCGUGUAAAUCAAAGUAGUAUUUUAUGAAGAGUGGUCAUUAACAGCAAAGCCAUUAUGGUUACACGGACACAGAUGCUUUUCAAUGGAGAAUCUUUGAAAAGGAUUUUUUUGGGGGGGGUCCAGGACAGUCUGUUUGGGUAACUGUCCCACGGUCAGAGCCAAUUAUAUCCCACUAGAACUUUACAAUGCUGCUUCUAUCAGACUAUUGUGCAUCAAUGUGGUCCUGUCAAUUCAAAAUAUAUAUUUUAUUAAUUUUCAUUUAACAAAAUGCUUCCUCUGCGCCAAUAUGUUUUUGUAUAUUGGCAAGUUUAUCAUAAUGAGACUUAAACUGUACACUUUUAUAGGACCUAAAGGUACCUUUAAAUAAAGUCCCGAAAUGUGUAUUUGUGGCAUAAACGAAGCAUACAUUUUUAAGAUUCAAUAAAGGAAAAAAUGAU